UUCAUUCGUGGAAGGAAAAUCAGGGUGUUUCUCUUAAGUCACUCCUCCUCCUUACAGUGACGUGUUUCGGGUUAAAAUGCAAAACCAGGGGCUCCGUUGCUUGAUGGUUUUUAAAGGAAGUGCAGGAGGCAGAGGAAACACACUUUUUACGAGCCAAGUUAAUGAGCCAGACGAUCAAAGGGCUGCAGUGAGAAAGCAGAAAGGCAAGAGAGAAUCCCUGCUCCGAAGUGAAAGGAUUCUUGUGAAAAAGGAAACCCUCUUGAGUGGAGUCCCUGAAGGAUGCCGGAGACAGUUGGAGAUGCCUGGAACUACAUCCCGGAGGAAAUUCUCUCACACAUCUUUGGCUACUUGUCCCUGCAAGACAGACAUGUGGUUUUUCAGGUCUGUAAGAAGUGGGCUGCAGCGGUUUCGGCCAGCUGUGUCUGGAGUUACACGGAAGUCAGGUGUGUUACCGAAGACGAAGAAGCCGUGCUGAAGAACCUGCACCAGUUCCUGCGCCACAUCAGACACCUCAAGGUGGCCUUUGACCAGUCGGAGGAAGGGAUCCGUCAGAACGUCUGCCAGAUCCUGGACCUUCUGGCCAAGCAGAACCAUAAGCUGCAGGCCUUGUGCAUCGAAUGCACGGGAGAAAACCCUUAUUUCUAUUCUGGCCAAGACAUCCUGCAGAGCAUCCGGGGAAUCUGCCAGAGCCAGAACCGAAUCGACUUGCAGCGCAUCGAUUUUCGCGCCAUGCCUUUCACCUUGGACGAUGGGCUCGUCCAGCUUGUGGCCUCCAGUAGCCCGAAUCUGCACACCUUGUACCUGAACAACCGCACCUUAGUUUGCAACGUCACCCCGGAGACCAUCAUUGAGCUUCUGAAGGCUUGCCCCCAAUUGUCCACCUUGGGGGUCUAUUAUGCCAGCCUCUCGGAGGAGGUCUUUAAGGAACUGGUGACCCUCAACCGGCCAACUUUCAAGUGCCUGGAUAUUUUCUGCGAGCGGCUGGACAAGUACAUUCCCGUGAUCUCGGAAGAGCUGUGGGCUUUGGUGUGUGAGAAAUAUCCCCAGCUCUACGUCCAAAUGGAACUGGACCACACGGUCCCACAAUGGAAGAUCCCUCGCAUCUUGAAGCCCAACAUCCCCGUGACAGAGUUGCAGCUGAACACUUUCGCCUACAUGGUGUAUCAAAUCCGCUUCGCCACCGUCAACUACAGCGGCACUUUGGAGAAGCUCGUCCUUCGCACCACCUCGUCGGACGAACUCAACGCCUCGCUCAUCGAUUUGGCCCGUAAAUGUGCCCGCUUGAGAGAGGUCCACUGUUUCUGCGUGGUCAGCCACGAGGUGGUGGAGGCUUUCCUAUCAAGCUGCCCCAGGUUGGAAAGUUACACCCUGAAAACCUCCAAAGAACGCAGCCCUUGGCAACCCACCACCAUCUUGUGAUUGUGCUUAAGGGUUGUUGUUUUUUUUAAUCUUUGCAUCACAAGAAGAGGGAACAUCAGUAACUCGACUUCUUCUUCUACUAGGUUCGCCUGUGGUUUCUUUGUGACACGGCCCAAGGUUAUAAUGCCAGCUUGUUUCUCCCAAAAUUAAAUCAGUGAACGGAAGUCAAGAAUUCCUUGAGCCAGGGAUCCCCAAACUUGGCAGCUCCCAGAAUUCUGGGAGUUGAAGUCCACAAGUCUUAAAGCUGCCAAGUUUGAAGACCUCUGCUCUAAGCUCUAGUAUGAGUGUGUUUGUGUGUGUGUGUGUUUUACGGCUUAUGGUAUCAUGGAAAUCCAACCCAUUUAGAUCAGGACGCCUUGGCAAAGCAACCCAUGGUUUAGUACAAUGCAUGAACUCCCACUUAUUGUCUGGUAGGAAUGCAAUCCUGGUUAGAAGCCUAUUUUAACUGAUCUCGGAAAGGACAUGAUAUCUACAGGAUAGGGCAGUGAUGGUGAACCUUUUCAGCACUGAGUGCCCAAACUGGAACGUGUGCACAUGCGUGCGCACGCCUGAAUGCUGGAAACCCAAAAACCAGCUGGCCGACACAUGCAUGGACACCAACCAGCUGGUUAUUGGGUUUCUGGUGCUAUGGUGCAUGCAAAGUCCAGCUGGCUGGCACACGAGUGCACUGGAAACCAGAAGAGCAGUUGGUGACGGUGCGUGUGCCCACAGAGAGGGCUCUGCGUGCCACCUCUGGCACGCAUACCAUAGGUUUACCAUCAGGGGGAUAGGGCAAGUCCUUCGUGACCAACAGCCAUCCUGUGAUUGUGCUUAAGGGCUUUACCUUCACAUCACAAGAAGACGGACAUCGGUAACUCAGUUGAGUUUCUCAGUUGGUCCAAGGUGUGACCACAACUUGUUUCUCCAAAAUGAAACCCGAUGAUCAGAAGUCAAGAAUGGACGUGUUGCUUCUUGGGAACGCCGAGUUCUUGUGUGUGUGUACAUGUGUGUGUCUGUUUUACGGGUUAGGGCAUUAUAUAAACUCAGCCCAUUCGGAUCAGGAAAGCUUGGAAAUAAAAAUCCAUGGUUUAGUGCAGGGGUCAGCAACCUGCAGCUCUGGAGCCGCAUGUGGCUCUUUCAUCCCUCUGCUGCGGCUCCCUGGUGCUGGUCGCUCCACAAUUGAUAGGGCUUUCGGUUAGGAUAGGUAGAGGAAAAAGGACACCAUGCUAAAAGGAGAUUAUGAUGGGGGAACCAGACUUCUGGUUGGCUCCAGAAUUGAACGGAGGCUUCUGGUUAGGACCUUUGUGGCUCUUUUGAGUGUUUAAGGUUGCCGACCCCUGGUUUAGUGCAAUAUACGAUCUCAGACUUUUGUCUGGGAGGAAUGCAAUCAUGGACAGGCGGCCAUUUUAGAACACGAUGUCUACAGCAGCGGGCACCAACCUUUGCGGCUUGGUGGCCUGGCUGGGAGUGGGGGUGGGAAGAAAACGGAACUGGGCUGCUUGAGCGUGCGUGCACACAAGCAGCCCUUGUGCGAGUGAUGGGCCAGCGUACUUGCGUGCAGUUCGACUUGCAGGAGCGGUGGGCCGGUGCACGCAAGAUGAGCUGUGCACACGCGUGCUCCAGCACAAUCACUUGCGCGGCCCAAUUCUGAAUAGGCCAUGGCCUGGUAGUGGGCUGCACCCCGGGGGUUGGGGACCCCUGGUGUACAGGAUAGGGCAGGGGUCUGCAACCUUAAACACUCAACAAAGAGCCAUUUGGACCCGUUUCCCACAGAAAAGAAAACACCGGGAGCCACAAAACCCUUCCCGUGCCUGACUAUUUCCUGAGCGGCCAUAAAACUAGCAUAUGUAGUUGGGUUAAAUGUUCUGUUUUCUUCUGAAACUUUUCUUGGAUUUAUCCAUGGUUGGCCUACCCGGGGUUCAAAAACUCAAUAAACCGUGUGCCAGCGGGUAUCACACAUUGGCGGUUGUGACACAUGUUUUGAGUGACAGGGAGCCGCAGCAAAGAGGUUAAAGAGCCACAUGCGGCUCCAGAGCCGCAGGUUGCUGACCCCUGGGAUAGGGCAAGGGGGGACGACGAGUGUCAUGCCUGUCAUGACCUCAUGGUGGCGGUGACGUCAUCUAUGCAAUUUGCAUGACUUGUGCAAUGAUGUCGAUACCGCUGUGAUGCCAUCAUGGCUUCUCCUAGAUACGUAUAGCUCCCAUUCAUCUUUUUUUUCCUCUACUAGCAGGAACAGGGAUGCUAAACUGAUGGAAUUUAUCAGGAUUGGGCGCUAGCAAAUUGGGACAAUUGUCAUGUGCAAAUUCCCCUCUCUUUCCGAUUAAACCGGAAGGGAUGCUUGUGGUUGUGCAAACUGCUGAGUGUAUAUUUAAAAAUCUGAUGCACUUUCUUAACACGUAGGGAGGUUCCAAGUCGAAUUAACUGCUGAUCAAGUUGUCGGCAUAGGUAGUAGUACAAAUAAAAAGUGCAGUGCUUUUCAACUAAAUUCACUUCUGGAGCAGUGGUGGGUUUCAAAAAUUUUUACUACUGGUUCUGUGGGUGUGGCUGGGUGGGCGUGGCAUGGCUUGGUGGGCGUAGCUUGAUGGGUGUGGCAGGGGAAGGAUACUGUAAAAUCUCCAUUCCCACCCCACUCCAGGGGAAGGAUAUUGCAAAAUCCCCAUUUCCUCCCGAUCAGCUGGGACUUGGGAGGCAGAGAAUAGAUGGGGGCGGGGCCAGUCAGAAUUUUUACUACCGGUUCUCCGAACUACUCAAAAUUUCCGCUACCGGUUCUCCAGAACUGGUCAGAACCUGCUGCAACCCACCUCUGUUCUGGAGUAAACAUAAACCAGGGUAGAAAUAAAUUCACAAACCUAAUUCAAGCCAAAUUAAAACCCAUAAACAGUUGGGAGCACAUAAUUUGAAGUUUUUUAUAUAUAUUUAUGUUCACAUCUUCCAAAGCAUAUAUACACCAUCUCUUUCUGUUCCUUGGCACUGGACCUAGUUUAAUAAGAAUAUUUUGAGUUGCUGAAUUGUUUAUUUUCUUUACUCUUGUCGAAUUCUAGUACAAUGCAUAUUAUAUUUUAUUAUCCUAGUUCACAAUAAAACUCCCAGCCUUUUGUCAUUGGACUGACCAGAUUCAUCUGCUCUGCAUUGCACUAUUUUUAAUACAUUACAAUGUGGUUUAUUUGGACUGAACAUGCAGUCAUUUCUGAAUUACUCAAUAAACAUGACUUAAAAAAGAAA